AUGCAUCCCGAAAAAAUAUGGGGGCCUGGGUUCAAGGAUCUGAGGGCUUUCAAUUUGGCAAUGCUAAGUAAGCAGGCAUUGAGGUUGCUUACUAACACUGAUUCGUUGGUGUCGCGCAUUUAUAAGGCCAGAUACUAUCCUAAGGAUAUAUUUUCUGAGGCAUAUCUAGGAAAUAAUCCCAGCUAUUGCUGGCGCAGUAUUAUGGUAGCUAAGAAUUUAAUAUGCAGUGGGGUAAGACGGCGAGUUGGAAAUGGAAAAUCUACCUUAAUCUGGGAGCACCUUUGGCUACAGGAUGAACAGAAUCCUAUGAUUCAAACUGAGAUGCCGCCACAGUUAGCUGGAGCAAGGGUUGAGAGGUUAAUUGACCAGGAUACUGGUUCAUGGGACCAACAUAUUCUCACUGAUAUUUUCCUGCCAGUUGAUAUACCUAAAAUCCUAAAAAUUCGGAUCUCUCCAAAUUAUGAUGAUAUGUGGUAUUGGUAUGGGGAUCUGAAUUGUUGUUACUCUGUCAAGAAUGGCUAUAGAUGCAUUAUUGGAAAUUAUGAGAAUAAUAAUGAUGGAGCAUUUAACAAUUGGACCACUCUAUGGAAGUUAAAAAUUCCACCCAAAUGGAAAACCUUCCUAUGGAGAGCUAUUAGUGAUAUCCAAGUUGAGCCCAUAUAUAUGUAUAAAUAUAAGUAUUAA